AUGCGGUCAGAAAUCUUGAUAUUGGCGGCUGUCGGUGUCGUUCACGGCCUUCCAGCAGCAGAAGAGCUCAACCGUCGACUUAAUAACGGUCUUGGCAAGACACCAGUCCUAGGCUGGAACAGCUGGAAUCAAGGAGGUUGCAGUGCCGCCAGCGCAUCCGUAGCUCUCAAAACCGCCAACGCAUUCAUCAGUCUCGGACUCAAGGAUGCAGGCUACACCUACAUCAACAUCGACGACUGCUGGACCACCAAAUCGCGCGAUAGCUCUGGGAAUCUUGUCCCAGACCCAAGUAAAUUCCCUCAAGGCAUGAAAUCACUGGCCGAUCAGAUCCACGGUCUCGGGCUGAAGCUCGGAUUGUACGGAGAUGCGGGGACGCAGACAUGUGGUGGAUAUCCGGGGAGUCAAGGCCACGAGGUGCAAGAUGCGAAGUUGCUGGCGAGUUGGGGCGUGGAUUACUGGAAACAUGAUAAUUGUUAUACGCCGUGUAAGGAUGGGUCUGUACAGACGUGUGGGAAUCCUACCGCGAGCACGCAGACUUGGUAUCCGAAGAUGCGAGAUGCAUUGUUAGGCUCUGGACGACCAAUCUUUUUCUCAAUGUGCAAUUGGGGAAGGGAUAAUGUUUGGACGUGGGGUGCGGCGACGGGGAAUAGUUGGAGGAUGAGCGUUGAUAAUUGGGGUGGAUGGGCGGAUGUCGUGAGGAUUGCGAGUCAAGCUGCGCCGAUUGCUUCGUACUCUGCUCCUUAUGGUUUCAAUGACUUGGAUAUGAUGAUCAUUGGAAAUGGAAAACUCACCGCUGCUGAAGAGCGAACCCAUUUCGCUAUAUGGGCAAUUUCUAAAUCACCUAUUCUCAUGGGUACAGACAUGACGAAAUUAUCAACAGAACGUCUGAACCUAAUCAAGAACAAAGGUCUCAUAGCAAUAAACCAAGACCCCCUCGGCAAAGCCGCAACCACCUUCCGCCCCUCCGGCGCCUCCGCACCCGUCUCCGGCCAACUCUACCCGUACUGGGCGGGUCCCCUCUCCGACGGCGUGGUCGUCGCUCUCGUCGCUCCCAGCGGUGCGCAGACCCUGUCUGUCAAGUUCGCAGACGUACCUGGUCUCGGAUCGGGAACGUUUGCUUGGACAGAGCUGCUCAGUGGGAAGACGGGAAGUGGAGAGUCGGUGAGUGCGAGUUUGGGGGCGCAUGAUGUUGCGGUUUAUAAGGUUGUUAAGAAGUGA